UCGUGUGCCUCCCCAGUAAAGAGAGGAAGGUCGUCUAUCUGGCAUGUUUGUUUUUGCAACGUACAUGUGUUAAGUCAAUGUUUGCAACAAUUUAGCAGGCUUAGGUUCUGUUCCCGGCCUUUUGUUUGCCACCAGGUACAAUGUUGGAAACCACCUUUCCAAAUGACCACCUUGGAUCUAAACACUGCCUAUUUCGUGCUAUCGGAUAUGUCUGGUGCUAACAGAGUAAAGUCAUCAUGUCUAAUCAACAAAAGGAUGGUCCAAACCUCAGCAUGGAGCAGUGUGAGAAGCAUUGAUUUGGUUUUCGGUUGAUCAAUCUUGACAUGUAUCUACUAUGAGACAAGGACAUGAUCUAUCGCAAUUGUAGAACCUUUUUCUCGGGUCAAAGCCAUUUCCCUCGCCAAUCACGACCGCCUAUAUCAGAGGCCCUACCCGCUCACUAGUGCUGGAAGACGAAUACCCGGUAUUGGGAACCACAGGGUAGACCCAUGCCUUGAAUGCAUUCUUAUUAUGUUCUAAAGCAUGCCGGCCAACCCCUUCGAUGUCCGUGAGCUCAUCGGAACCGCCAUAUCACCAAUACAAUUAGCCACUCCCGUAAUUAGCCACUCCCGUCGCCGACUCUGACCAUUGUUCCCUUGCUCAAGCAUGCUUGUAGGACUUCUGGUCCUCUUUGUCUCCUCCCGUUUGGACUCGAUUGGACUUUGCAUCGAUGCUGGCCAACUUC